AUGGGCAUCCUCCCCGGCACAGCAUUCAACAGGCCGUCAGCGCUCGGUAGCGGCGGCAACCUCUUCACAAAUCCCGCGUCGCGGCACCCCUCCACCGCGUCUUCGCAUCAUCACCAUCCUACGGCGAGCAGGUUCAGUCUACAUUCCGCGUCGACGGCUCGAUCGCAGCCCGUUUCCGUAUCGCAACAUCAACAAUUGCAGUCGUUGCCGGUUACUUUACCGCAACAUCAACAACAGCAGCAGCAGCAACAGGGGAGUGGAUCGUCGCUGCUAAAUUUCGGUUUGGGGGCGGUGGGGGUUGCGGGAAUAGGUGGUGGAGGCGGCGGAUCGUCGGGGGCUGGUGGUGCCGCGGCAACCACGGGCGGACAUGGGCUCAAACGGCAGGGCUCUGAUCUCAGCGUGGCGUACUCACUGGGCUCACACUAUAACACGCCAUUGAAGGAGGCUAUGGCUUCGUGGGAGGAGGCAUUCGUUGCCGGAAGAUCGCAUGAUGCAAACGAGGAAAUAGGAGGCUCACCGGAGGAUCCGCAAUGGACCUCACUGCAUGAGCCGGAAAAGGCUUCUACACCAGCAACAAGAGCCGAAUCGCCAUCACCAGCUGCAUACCUCACAACUCCCUACCAACGCCAGCCGAGCGUCCGCGAAGACGCAACCGCCAGUAUAGCUGGAAGCCGCGCCCCCUCCCAAAGCGCCCGCUCCGCAACCCCCAUCGCAACUGCCGAUUCGCCAUUCCCUGCUUCGCUCCAUCACCCGCUAAACCACGUCCUACCUCACCUCCCAUCCAAUGCAUCAGCAUCGUCGUUCCCGCGGUGGCCAAAUAUCCGCGCCGGUUCCGGGUCGGCGCGGACGGUAAUCAACGAAGCCACCUCAUCUGCAUUGCUGCUCGCGGCGGGGAAGACACGGACGGAGUCGUUGUCCCCGCUUUCUGCAACCACGCUGGCGCGAGAUCUCCCCGAGAAAGGCCACAAGAAACUGGUGGAGACGCCUGGGUUGUCUCGGUCGUCGGUUAUUCCAAACACGAUUACGGACGCAACAUCGGAGGGCAUCGAGUCCUUCGAGCGUCGGAGGUCCGUGUCUUCGCCACUGGAUAACGCCUACGACACGUCCGCGCAGACCGUGGUGGAGCACGGAACCUCGGGGCCGGGUGCGGUGAAGACACGGCGGAAACGACGCAGAUGGGUUGUGUGCUUGUUUGUGACUGUGGGGCUGCUGACGGUUACGGCGGUGUUGGCGGCGUUGACGCUGUUGGCGUUGGAUAGGCUCGGGGUGCUGCCGUGGAGCGCGGUGAAGGAUCGGGUUGUGAUGGCGGCGCAGAGGGUUGCGGAUUGGUUCCGGAUGAACUUUACCCCGAAAUUAUCUACAGCCGGAACCGUCGUCGUUGCAGUGGGUUCAGCAACAAUCGGCAUCAUCCUCUUCGCGUGCAUCAUGGCUCUCUACCGACGUCGAAAACGGCGGCAAUCGCGCAUUUCUCUCCCGGACAGUCCAGCGCAUACCCGAGAUCGAGCCAGAGUGAAAAACUUCAGCCAUGCGGGCGUUCCGCCAAUACAAGCCACAGCAGACGCUUCCGAUGACAUUCGUUUACAAAGAUGUCCUUCUUCCGCCUCCUUAGGAAUGAUCCACUACAACUGCGACUUCCUCCUCCCCUCCCUCCCCGCCACCGAGCCCACAACCCCCACCUCCCCCGCCGCCGAACCCCACUCCCACCACCACCCGCUCUCCACCCCGCGGCGUCACCCAACCCACACCGCCAACAACUCCUCCGCGGCCGGCACAACCGUGUCCAUCACACCUGUCACGCCCUGCAUCAUUUCCCCACCCGUGGCGAGGCAACAGGGUUAUUUCUCGGGAGGUGGGGGUGGGAAUGUCGUGCAGGUGUUGCCGCCGAUGGCGGCCGAGGGGGCGGGGAAUGGGGCGAAGGUUAGGAGGGUGCCGGCUGGUGGAGGGGGGGAGGAGGGGGUUGGAGAGGGUGGGAGGAGUGGGAAGGGGUGGGAGGGGAGACGGAAGGCUUCUUGA